AUGGUGGCAGCGCACACUUCUUCGCGUUCGUCGGAAUCUGCCGAGUGGAUUAUUUGUCUGGAUAAGAGACCAGCAGAGCGCUCUAGUGAGGACGUUGAUAUUAUCCUGGCUCGGCUGAAAAAUGUGAAGGCCUUUGAGCGAUUCCACCUCAGUUUGCUGCAGCAAAUCUGCUUGUGUGGGUUCUAUGAGUGCUUGGAGAAAGGCAUCACCUUGUAUCGCCAAGGAGACAUUGGCACCAGCUGGUAUGCUGUGCUCUCUGGUUCACUGGAUGUGAAAGUGUCAGAGACUUCGAAUUAUCAGGAUGCUGUUACCAUAUGCACACUGGGGACUGGGACAGCGUUUGGGGAGUCCAUUCUGGAUAACACCCCCAGACAUGCUACCAUUGUCACUCGAGAAUUCAGCGAGCUCCUACGCAUUGAACAGAGGGAGUUCAGGUCUCUGUGGGAGAAAUAUCAUCACUACAUGGCGGGACUGCUUGCCCCACCCUAUGGUGUGAUGGACAGCAAUUGUGGCUCCGACAGAAUGUCAGAGAAAGAAAACAUAAGGAAAAACUCAUUUGUUUCCGUCUCCAAACAUCCAAAUAAGAAGCCUUUCAUUGAAAGCCCAGCCCAACCCCACCCUUUAUGCAUGUCUCAGGUGCCCUCUGAGAAGAUCCUCCGCGCGGGGAAGAUCCUCCGUAAUGCCAUCCUCUCCAGGGCGCCCCACAUGAUCCGAGACAGGAAAUACCAUCUGAAGACAUACAGGCAGUGUUGUGUGGGUACUGAAUUGGUUGACUGGCAAAUGCAGCAGAGUUCAUGCGUCCACUCCCGCAUUCAAGCUGUGGGCAUGUGGCAGGUGCUGCUGGAGGAAGGAGUACUCAACCAUGUGGACCGGGAGACGAGCUUCCAGGACAAGUACCUCUUUUACCGCUUCCUGGAUGACGAGCAGGAGGAUGCUCCUGCACCAAGUGAGGAGGAGAGGAGGGAGAGCCAAGAAGAGCUGCAGGACACGCUGCUCCUCCUUUCGCAGAUUGGACCAGAUGCACAUAUGAGGAUGAUUCUGAGGAAAUCUCAAUCUGAGAGAACAGCAGAUGAUUUGGAGAUAAUUUAUGAGGAGCUGCUCCAUAUAAAGGCCUUAUCGCACCUAUCCACCACUGUAAAGAGGGAACUGGCUGGAGUCCUCGUUUUUGAGUCCCAUGCAAAAGCAGGAACAGUGUUGUUCAACCAAGGGGAAGAGGGCACAUCGUGGUACAUUAUUUUAAAAGGCUCGGUCAAUGUGGUCAUCUAUGGAAAAGGUGUUGUCUGCACACUUCAUGAGGGAGAUGACUUUGGGAAGCUGGCUCUUGUCAAUGACGCCCCCCGAGCCGCCUCCAUUAUCCUGCGAGAGGACAACUGUCAUUUCCUGAGAGUAGACAAAGAGGACUUCAACAGGAUUUUAAGGGACGUGGAGGCCAACACUGUGCGUCUGAAGGAGCAUGGUCAAGACGUUCUGGUUUUGGAGAAGAGUCUCAGCAGCAGUCGAACCUCUGACCCCGGAUCAUCUGCAUCUCAUUACAAAUACAAGGUGAUGUCUGGGACCCCAGAGAAGAUUUUGGAGCACCUUCUAGAAAAGAUGCGAUUGGAUUCCCAGUUCACAGAGUCAGACUCAGCCUUAGAUGACUUUGUCCUCAUGCACUGUGUCUUCAUGCCAAACAGCGAACUGUGUCCAGUGUUGAGAGCCCACUACCAUGCCCAGGCCUCACAGGGCUCUGAGCAGGAGAAGCUGGACUACACACUGAACAACAAGCGCAGGGUGAUCCGCCUGCUCUGUCACUGGGCUGCUGUGCACGGAGAGCACCUGGAGCAGGGGGACGUGUGCUUCCUGGAGGAGUUUCUCAUGGCAGUAUCUAAUGAUGCAAAAGUGUUGCCAGCUCUCAGGGAUCAACUGACAGAGCUGGAGAAGAUUGUGAAGCGCAAUGUUGAAGAUGCCCUGUCCUCACAGAAAAAGCACAAAGUCCUAUUGCGGCAGUUCAGUGCGGGAGAAGAGAAGCUUCAGAAACGUCAGCCUAUCAAGAGUAAUGAUGAAAUUCUGCUAAAAGUCUACUGGUGCGACCACACCUACACCACGAUCCGGGUCUCCGUGUCCGCCUCGGUCAGGGAGGUCAUCAGUGCUGUUGCUGACAAGCUGGGGUCAGCGGAGGACCUGAUCCUGGUCAACCUCAGUUCAGCGGGAGAGAAGUGCAUCUUUAAGCCAAAUGAUGUCUCAGUCUUCUCUACACUCAGUGUAAAUGGGCGACUGUUUGUGUCCAGGAGGGACCAGCUGGAUUCACUGACCCCUUUGCCUGAGCAGGAGGGCCCCACCACGGGCUCACUGGCCAGCUUUGAACUGAUGAGCUCCAAAGAUGUGGCUUACCACAUGACUUCCUACGACUGGGAACUUUUCAACUGCGUACACGAGCUUGAACUCAUCUACCACACAUUUGGACGGCAAUACGUCAAGAAAACCACUGUGAAUUUGGACCUGUUUCUUCGGAGGUUUAAUGAAAUUCAGUUUUGGGUGAUCACAGAGAUGUGUCUGUGUUCUCAGCUCAGCAAGCGAGUCCAGCUUCUCAAGAAGUUUAUUAAGAUUGCUGCACACUGUAAAGAGUACAGGAACCUGAAUGGCUUCUUGUCUAUCAUUAUGGGACUGAGUAACCCGGCAGUGAGCAGACUCAGUCAAACCUGGGAGAAACUUCCCAGCAAAUUUAAGAAGUUCUACGUGGAAUUUGAAAACUUGAUGGAUCCAUCCAGAAACCACCGGGCGUACCGACUGACAGUCGCCAAACUGGAGCCUCCCAUCAUUCCUUUCAUGCCCUUGCUCAUCAAAGACAUGACAUUCACACACGAGGGCAACAAAACAUUUAUCGACAAUUUGGUCAAUUUUGAGAAAAUGCGGAUGAUAGCUAACACAGUGAAGAUAGUGCGAUACUGCAGGAGUCAGACAUUCAAUCCAGAUUCACCACUGGCUAGCAAGCACCAUCCGGACGUGUGGACUUACGUCCGCCAGCUCAACGUGAUCGACAACCAAAGGACGCUAACUCAGCUCUCUCAUGGGCUCGAGCCCCGCAGGUCUUGAAACCACUCAGGGACAGAAAUGUCAUCUACUGAUGCUGCUUCACCACACGACGUGCUCACAUUGGUAUGAGUUUCCUCCAAUACAGGCAAUCACAUGGGGAACCUAAUGAGGUUUCAGAUAAUGAGAUAUUGUUUCAGAAGCCGUUGGCUGACUUGUUAAGUCUUUUAUUACAGUAAUUUGUGAUUUCUCAACAACAGUAAUUGUUGUAGGAUGAAGUACCUCUCAUGUUGAUGCCAUGCAGAUAUCAUAUCAUAACAACUGAAGAAAUAAAGGACGUGUGUGGGCGUAGAUCUAAUUAACUACUGUGGAAAAUUUCAGAUGUAAACAAUAUGUGAUGCUUUAAGAAAACACGGUGUUAUUAUUCUUGAUAUUCGGUUGUUUUGUAUUUCUUUUUUAUCAAACAAUAUUUAUACAUGUUUAGGUCUAUACAAUUCUUUUGUGUUGUAAAUUGUAUACAGAUAUUUAUUUUGACUUUAGCAUGCAGACGAUUGGGAUGGCCUGACUUUGGAUUUAUGUGUGCACAUUUUCCUUUAAAAGCCUGGAAUAUAAAUGUCUGAAAAGCUUUUUGUGUGCUGUAAAUAUUAAAUGUUUUAUAUGGA